ACAUACACACACACAUACUCUCACACACACACACUCACACACAGUGGCUCAGUCUCAGCGAGGUGGUGCUGUGUGUGUGCAGCCCUGAAAGUGCAGCUCGGGCUCGAUGAUGAAGUGAGGGACAGAAAAGACAGAAAAGCGUCCGAGAGGAAGCGUUGCACACUGGAGCCGAGGUGUGGGGGGGCGAUGUGAACGAACCCUGCCCGGAUCAGAUCUGGUUUCGGGGCCGAGCAGCAGGCUCGAGGUGCGGGAGCAGGACAUCAGAUGACCAAGUUCUGAAAAGUCGAUCCGCUCCAGACAUCCCAACAACAUCAUGGCCUUCUCCUCACCCUCCUCUCACCUCCUGAUCCUUCUUCUAAUUUCCUGCCUGGACUGGCCGUCCACUCCCGCUUCGGCGUUUCUCUUGGACCACAUGACAACAUCAGCUCCCACUGAGCCUCACUUCACUGACUGCGUCUCCAGGGAGCAGGAGACAUUCCGCUGCUGGUGGAGUCCAGGCACCUUCCAGAACCUGUCCUCCCCCGGAGCUCUCCGAGUCUUCUACCUUAAGAAGGAGACUCCAACCAGCGAAUGGAAAGAGUGUCCCCACUAUAACUAUUCAAACAGGGAAUGCUUCUUCGACUCGAACCACACAUCAAUUUGGAAAGCCUACUGCAUGCAGCUGCGCAGCCAAAACACCACCUACUUUGAUGAGGAGGAUUGUUUUACAGUGGAAAAUAUUGUACGUCCAGACCCACCAGUGUCUCUAAACUGGACCCUCCUGAACCUAAGUCCCUCUGGGCUAAGGUAUGAUGUCAUGGUCAACUGGGAGCCCCCGCCCUCUGCAGACGUCGAGGCGGGCUGGAUGCGCAUUGAGUACGAAAUCGAGUACAGUGAGAGAAAUACCACAAACUGGAAAUCGUUGGCGAUUCAGCCACACACUCAGCAGGCACUCUACGGUCUGCACAUAGGCAAAGAGUAUGAAGUGCACAUCCACUGCAAGAUGCAGGCCUUCAUUAAGUUUGGAGAGUUCAGUGACUCAAUCUUCAUCCACGUGGAUGAUAUUCUCAGCGGAGAGAGUACGUUCCCGCUCACAGUCGUACUUGUUUUCGUGAUUGUGGGAUUCCUCAUGCUCCUCUUGCUGAUUGUCGUCUCUCAGCAGUACAGAUUCAUGAUGAUUCUGUUGCCACCAGUUCCUGCACCCAGAAUUAAAGGCAUCGAUCCAGAGCUGUUGAAGAAGGGCAAGCUGGACGACCUGAAUAUGAUCCUGAGUGGUGGAGGUAUGGGCGGCAUGUCCACCUUUGCACCAGAUUUCUACCAAGAUGAGCCAUGGGUUGAGUUCAUCGAGGUGGAUGCUGAGGAUGCGGACGCUGGGGAGAAGGAGGACAACCAGGGCUCAGACACCCAGAGGCUCCUUGGCCUGCCCCAACACGCCGGCCACUACCUGAACAGCGGAUGCUCCAACGCCAUUGGCUUCCCUGAUGAUGACUCAGGCAGGGCCAGCUGUUACGACCCAGAUGUCUUUGACCAUGACACCCUAAUGAUGAUGGCCACCCUGUUGCCAGGCCAGCCCGAGGACGGAGAAGCCUCCCUCGCUGUGGAAGAAGGAUUUUCAACCUCAGAUAGGAACCUCGUCCAAACCCAAACCGCAGGUCCCCAGACUUGGGUCAACACAGACUUCUACGCCCAGGUCAGCAACGUCAUGCCCUCUGGAGGCGUGGUGCUGUCUCCCGGCCAGCAACUCCGGAUCCAGGAGAGCGCCUCAGCCACUGAGGAUGAAACACAGAAUAAAGGAAAAGAGAGCAAAGACAACGAGGAGACCGCGAAGAAGAAGCAACAAGAGCUGCAGUUUCAGCUGCUGGUGGUGGAUCCCGAGGGAAGCGGCUACACCGCAGAGAGCAACACCCGGCACAUCAGCACACCCCCUUGCUCCCCUAUGUCUGGUGAGGGGUACCACACCAUACCCCUGCAGCCAGUGGAGACCAAAGUGGAGGAAAACCAAUCAUCUUACAUUGUUCCUGGCUCUCCCCAGUCCCAGUUCAGUGCUCCUGUUUCAGACUACACAGUGGUGCAGGAGGUGGACACUCAGCACAGUCUGCUCCUCAACCCGCCCCCCCUUCAGUGUCCCCCUCCCUGCCUGCCACAGCACCCCCUCAAGGCCCUACCUGCUAUGCCUGUAGGGUACAUCACCCCAGACCUGCUGGGGAAGCUCUCACCAUGAAAUGACCAUGCCAUUGGACCUUAGGGUGCAAGGUUGAUUAACUAGGAAGUCCCCCAUAUUCACAAAAGCCUGUUUCUACCUAAUUCCUGCUGGAAACCAAAAAGCCUGUAGCACACAGUGUGAGGAGCCUUUAAAGGUGUUUGUUUUCAGAGGUUUCUGAAAGGGCGUCAUGAGCUAUUCGUUUUUUGACUCUGCCUCGUCAGUUAAUGUGAUAUGGAGUUGACAGAACGUAUGUGUUGGAAAAAUUACAUCCAUGUGAUUGACAGACACAUAACAGGCCUAGACUGUGGCUGUAAUGAGUCCCCCACCUCCAAAAAAGCAUUAGCUCACUGCUAACCUCGCUCCAGUCUCAUUGCAUCCUCUGGUUAAUUGUGUUUGGAGCAAUGACAAUACAGAAGUCUUAAUCUUGCUGAGACUUGUCAGUGUAUAAUUGACGAAGAGAAGCACACUCUCGUCAUGCGUUUCACCCCCCCCCCCAACACCAUGAAGAAGUCAUUGCUGUCCUUGACACCUCUCACUGGUGGAGAUGUUUGCCGCUCAGAUCAUGGCUUAUUUUGUAUUCUUAAAUUUCUUAUUUCAUCAUGUCAUCUUAUAAGCACUUCGCUAGAGAUAUAUAUUUUUAUACAAACAGAUAUAGGAAGAAUCGGCCCCUAAACACAGUUGCAGACAGAACUAUGCAGUUUUACUUUGCAUUCUUGGCUCAGUUUUGUUCAUAUUAUGCUGGUCACAUUUUAAUGAAUUUAUUGCCAAUCUGAUAUCAACUUUGCUCCGAAAAAACUAAAGCAGUUUUCAGACAUGAACUCCAGAGGAUUGUCCACAGGAUUGGGUCCAUACUGUUUUCGCUCAGAUGCGUUCACGACAACAAAACAUUUGUUCAGGUGAAGGACGUAACAUAUUAAUUACACUGCUUUCCUUCCUUGGGAGGUGUUGAAAGGCAUUCUGGGAAGUGGAUUAGCAGGUGAGGUGACAAAUAAAAGGGAAAUGAAAACAUUUCAUCACAAACUGAUUAUACAUGUCCCCAACGCGGAGUUUAUACGUUUUCAUUUUAUUUUGAAAUGCAUGCUGCACUGUGAACAUACAUCACUUACAGCACUCAUCUACAUAUCUUAUAGUGUGUGGAAUGGUCUACUCAGAUUCAGUCUCAUCUCGGAGACGCUCAGUACAAAUAGUGCUGUACUACCACCAAGUGCCUUGCUCAAGGGCAUGUUAUUUUUCCACAAGGGAACAGCAGGCGGUUUGGGAGAAAAAUAAACAAUGCAUUACACGCAUGCAGCAACAUGAGGCCAAGAAUCUUUUUCAAGCAUCCACUCACUCACUCAUUAACUCACUCACAAUCCAUCACUUUAAAGUGCAAGCUUUCAACUCGAGAGAUUUAUUCUUCUCAUGUGACAUCGUUGUUGCAGGGACAGCGACUGGAGCAAGUUGAGAGACUGUGAAAGUAGGUAAUAGCUGUAAUUAGCUAACAUUUUAUACUUAUAACAGCCGAGUACACCGUGUUAACCACCUGUGCUAUGAUAGUGUUAUUGGCUUGCCUUAUGCGUGGGCUGAGGUAUGCAUAUGUCAUUUGGAUUUGUGCAUUUAUGCAUUGCUAUAGUAUAUUUAGUAUAUGUACUGCUAUGUAGGUGUAGCCUCUCUGCAUAGAUUGACUACAAAAAGCCUGCACAUGCACUAAAACAGUAACAUGCAUGCACACACACACACACACACACACACACACACACACACAAACAGCUACAUGAUAAAUAUUUGCCUUAAUUGACCGAUUUAAUUUUGCCUUCCUGAGAUAGCCAAUAACAUUAUGAUCUGAAAAUUGUCUGAGAAAAUAGUUGUGGGGAUGUUGAUUUUUUGAGGCCAUUCAACUGUAAUUUGCAUGUUUCUGAUUGCGCUCGUAAAACUGACCACAGUUUCCAAACGAAAAUGCUGAUCAGGGCCAGAAGGGCAGAGAUCCAGGUUCUGGUCGGAUGGUGAAAACAAAUCGAUUUAAUUUGGCUUAUAAAUGGAUUUAUAGUUAUUUUAACCUUAUGAUAAUCUUAGAAUAAACAUGUUAGGAUAUUAUUUUGGCAGAAUUGUCUCCUAGUCACUGAGCGUGCCCUUGGUUCAUUGACAGUGUUUGAUUAUAAUGGCAAAAGAGGCUUUAUAUGGCUUUGUAUGUUUUCAUUCUUUGAAUUAAAGACAUUGACAAUAUGCCUGUGACAAACAGCAGCAUAGCACAGCACUCUACACAAUAAGCUACAUAAGUAAAGCUUGGGCCAUAUGCAUGAUGGGAUGCGACACAAUGAACUUUCAAUUGCGAAUGAGUCAGAGAUGAACACAUCUCAUUAAACACAAAACAUAUACGUCGCAGUGAAAGGGAACACAUAUCCUGCCUUGGAAGUAUCCUUGAGAUAAACAGGCCAGUGACUCACUUAGGAACAGUCUAUUUUGUAUCAGACAAUCCCAUAAUGAAGAGAGACAAAGCAAGAGCCUUAGAAUGACAAUUUAUAAAAGAAAUGUGAAUAUAAUAAACAUGUGCCAUUUCUCUCUUUCUCUAUUUUUUUUUGAAGAGCUCAGUGUUCUGUUGUUGCUGCCGUUAGUGCUCAUGAUACCAGCAAGUCAAUGCUGUUGCAGAAAUGUCUUAAUAUAUUUACUAGUGCUGUAAAAUUACAAGUAUAUAUUUUUUUAAAUGUCAUUAAUGUUACUAAUCACAACAUAUUGCUGCUCGGUACAUGACCUUUUUCCUGCAUAAAGCCUUACUGUGGUGGGAGGGUUUCAGUCAACACUUUAAAUGCUGAGGUGAUGAAAACCUGCCAAAUGGACGAUACUGAUUUCUGUAAAUGUGUUACAGCAACAAUCUGACAGUUUCUCUCCCCACACGAUGCUCAACCGACUCCCACCAUUCCCAACCAAAGAUCCCCAGAAGGCUCUCUGUUUAUAUGAAGGAAAAUCAGACAAUGGAAAAAGCACCGCUAAGAUUCGAUUUACUUUUUCCAGAUGUACCGUGGUGAUUGUGAAUGUGUGCAAACUGGAACAAGUGAUGCAAUUAUGAUAAUGAGGAAAAUUUGUUUGAAAAAAAAGGGAAAAAAGAAAAGAGGAGUGGUGGUGCUUUCUAUAACAGGUGUUUACUGCCUUGUGUCAGCGUUUUUUCCUGUUUUUGCCAUUACCAGUUCACAAUGAGCUAAUUCUUAAUGUAGUGUAAAAGGUUGCGAUGGUUAUUUCGAGCGUAUAAAUGUUACAACAGACUUUAGAGCAAGCACUUUGUACAAAUACAGUAUAUGUCUGAUCUUUUAAAAAUAGUAUUCAGAUUUUCUAUAUCGGACAAAAUCCUGUCUAUGAAUUACAUGUUAUUACAAGCAGCGUUCUAUAUAUAUAUAUAUAUAUAUAUAUUUUUUUUUUUUUUUUUUUUUCAUUCAGCACAAUAAUCUGACUUUGAGGACCCUUCAGUAUCAGUAGAGUUUAGUUUUGUUCAACAGAGUUUAUGUUCAUAGGACAUAUUUUACACUACCAGAUUGUUAGGAUGAUGUACUGUAAUGGAGUAUUUAAUGUUUGCUAAAAGAUUUAUGGAUCGAUGAUAGAGCAGAUAGUCUUUGAGAGAUAAUAGUUCUACUGUAACUCUACCCUCGUCAAACGUCUCCCGCUAUGUGAUUUCAGCAUUUUCCUGAUAAAAGUGCAUUUAAAUGGAGCUGAAGAGUUUUAUAAUGAUUUGUUCUGACCAUGUUUUUUUUUUUUGUGUGUGUGUCAGUUGAAAGGUGGCUUUUGUCACCGUGCUAAGCCUGGGAAUGAUCAUGAGAGCUGGAGUCUGUGGUGGUUUUUACUCUUUUGUCAAAAUAAAAGCGACUCGUGCCAGAUAUGUUUCAGCUUGUUGGGGAAACGGUUGGAUUCUUGACUUGAGUUCUGUAGUAUAUAGACUUGUUUUGUUUUUUUCAUGAAUAGGUUCAGUGGCUUCAACCUUUAUUUCUGUUUGUGUGUUAUAUAUAUUUGUUUGCUCAGAGCCCUCACAUCACCCUACUACCUGUAAUGGACGGGGGCAGCAUGAAUCACAUGUGCGCUGUUAUUCUCUGACAUGUGUAUCGUUCAGGCUCACUGCACCAGAAAUAUUCCACAUGUCAGAAUUUGAAACAGCUGCAUUGUGAUCUCCAGUGUGUAAACAUCAGCUUGCAUUGGCCUGACUAAUUGAUAAUGACUUCACUCUUUAUUUUCUUGCCCUCCUGACCCUGGAGCCACUGUCCUUGUCUGUUCGCUGUUGUUUUACUCAAUGCCGAGUGUUGAACAUUGAUGAUUUGAUAUUGUUCUCUUACCAGUUGAGCCUUUCUGGUAUUGUAUGUGAUCAAUAAGCUCUCGACAAGUAACUCAAUAAAUGUACAUACUGCAACUCUAA